AUGACAACUGGUUUCAACCACCACAAUGAGCUAGACCAGCUCCUGCGGCUUAUGCAAAAGCACAAACAUCAGGCAGGUCCUUUGGCAGUCAGAGCAACCCGUGGCCAGACACGAUAUCUUGCAGAUGCCUACGACUUUGCCAGAACCUUCGUGGAAACUGUGGAUGAAAUACAGGGCAUAGGAACAAACGCAGCUGUUUCUGAGGCAACACGCAGGGAACCAUCUCAGCUGGUAUCCUCUCGUCAACAACAACAACAACAACAACACCAAGAGUAUCAGCAUCCUUCUCGGCAGGAGUACCGGCAAGACAGGGAGGAGCAGCAGAACGGGAGGAAUAUCAUUGUGCUGGAUUGUGACGAGGAGGAGAACCGUCCUCGUCCUGAUAACCAGACGUCGACUGGUUUAGAAGAACUUUCGUACUCUACAAGUGCUGUUGCAGCCGCCCCCGUUGCUACCGCCCCCGUUGCUGCCGCAUCAGUUGCUACGACUGCUCCUGUUGCCACAGGUGCCCCCGUUGCUGCUGCCCCCGUUGCUACUACCGCUCAUAUUGCUGUUGCUACCGCCCCAGCUGCUACGACUGCUCCUGUUGCCACAGGUGCCCCCGUUGAUGCUGCCCCAGUUGCUACUACCCCUCAUGUUGAUGUUGCUGCCGCCCCAGCUGCUACGACUGCUCCUGUUGCCACAGGUGCCCCCGUUGCUGCCACAUCAGUUGCUACGACUGCUCCUGUUGCCACAGGCGCCCCCAUUGCUGCUGCCCCUGUUGCUACUACCGCUCAUAUUGCUGUUGCUACCGCCCCAGCUGCUAUUAACUUUCCCGUUGCAGCAGCUGCUGGCUUGGUGUCGCCGGCAGCUCCUCGCAGAGCCACCAAUCGUCGUGGUGACAACAACCGCGACAACAAACCUCCGGCAAAACGCCGUCGCUCUGCUGGCGACAAUCCUCCUAUCCCGUAUGAUGCAUUCUUGGCAGGCAAAGAAAACCUUAUCUAUUCCAAAGGUGUGACCAUGCAAUUUAUCAAUAAAAACUUGGACUAUCUUGGCUUGAGGUCUCGACUGAACAAAUGUGGCAUCUCUAGUGAUCAAGAAAAAAAUAUUUGUGUCCUGCAGUUCAAGCAAGGGUGGGUUGACGUGCCCUCCCCGGACAGCGUGACGGGAGAGCUCAUCAUUCGAUGUCAGCGUCAGCGCAGCGGAGGCCAUCUCCGAUACUACGUCGGACAUUUCAAGUGUAAACAUUGCGAUAACACACCACUUGUCUACAAGGACGAGCAAUGCCGGGCUACCCUCACUUUCUCGUUUCACCGCUUUGAUGAUGUGUUACAGCGCAAGUUGGAUGAGCUUGCUGCGUUGCCAUUUUCAAACCAAAACGUUUGA